GGGCGGAACUUCCAGUGCAGUGCUUCGUGAUGGCGGUCGCGUCGCUUGCUCGAAAGGAACAGUAAACGACGUUUUAUGCAUAGUUAGGUAAGUUAGGAACAAGUACAGUGAGUCGUAGGGAUAGAUAAUUACGCAGUUAUUGUUUCUGAUACUUUGAAGAUGAAAGGCAAGGAGCGGUCGCCCGUGAAAAAGCGCUCUCGUAUUGCGGAUGGAGGAGGAAGCCACCCAACAAGUAAGAAAAUGGGAGCCCUAUCUGCGACAGGCAACAACACCGGGAACGGUUCUGUCAAAAGUGUCGGUUCAACUAGAAGGAGUUUAUUGACUGAAAAGAGAGACAUUCGGGAAUUAGACGGCCAUGUUUCAAGUCGAACUGCAAGUCAUCACGGCUACGCUAACUCAACUGCAGGCUCGAGUGCCAAACUCCACGGUGGCCUUGCUUUGGAUCCCACUAGCCGGGCUAAUUCUCGCGGGGAACAACGGCCACUCUCGAACGCCGAAAGUGAGUACAAGACUCUGCGAAUUAGUGAACUGGGCUCUCAGUUGAACGACGAACAAAUAGAAGAUGGCUUGUUUCACGAGUUCAAGAAGUUUGGUGACGUUAGUGUAAAAAUUAGCCGCGUUAACGACGAAAGGGUGGCGUUUGUGAAUUUUAGAAGGCCCGAUGACGCCAAAGCGGCCAAGAACGCACGCGGCAAGUUGGUGCUCUACGACCGCCCUUUGAAAAUUGAAGCUGUGUACAUGAACCGAAGACGGAGCCGUUCCCCCAUCGAAAAGGACACAUUUGCAGCAGUGCCAGGGCACAGACAUUUGUACCCUCAAAGACCCAUUUCACCUACAGGGUUGGGUUAUAGAGACUACCGACUGCAGCAGCUAGCCCUAGGUCGUCUCCCUCCUCCACCACCGCUGGCCAGAGACAUAGAAAGGGAGAGAGAAUUUUCGAUCUUUGACGCCAGAGCCCGGCCUCCCUUUAUCCCUGAAUGUGCAGCUUUCCGGGAGGAGGACCUUAUAUCUCCUGAGGAUGACCAGAGGGCUAACAGGACGUUGUUCCUUGGCAAUCUUGACAUCACUGUGACUGACACUGAUCUAAGGAGGGCAUUCGACAGAUUCGGGGUGAUCACGGAGGUAGACAUCAAGCGCCCCGUGCGUGGUCAGAACAGCACCUACGGAUUUCUUAAGUUUGAGAACCUGGAUAUGGCUCACCGUGCAAAGAUGACCAUGUCAGGGAAGGUGGUCUGCCACAACCCCAUAAAGAUUGGUUAUGGAAAAGCCACUCCGACCACCAGACUGUGGGUGGGGGGUCUUGGUCCAUGGGUCCCCCUGGCAGCCCUGGCCAGAGAGUUUGACCGUUUUGGCACCAUCAGGACUAUAGACUACAGGAAAGGGGAUGCCUGGUCGUACAUUCAGUAUGAGAGCCUGGACGCGGCCCAGGCUGCCUGCUCCCACAUGAGGGGCUUCCCCCUGGGCGGCCCUGAGAGGAGACUCAGGGUGGACUUUGCCGACACGGAGCACCGCUACCAGCAGCAGCAGCAACCACCGUUCUUGCCAGCUCUCCCCCUGCCCCACUACGAACUGCUCCCAGAGGCCUUCCUCCACCGCCCCGGACCCGAGGGCCUGAGGGUGCGGGAGAGGACGACGCCACCUCAGCUCCGCUUCAGAGAGAGGGACCUGUACCCCACUGCCGAGUGGCCCGGGCCAGGGGUCCGGGAGAGGGUGAGAGGGCCGCCGUUCGAGCCCUUGGAUCAUCUGGAAAGGCGUCCGCGGGAGCCGUGGUCCCUGGAGCGGGAGCGAGAUCCGCAGGGGCGGGACCAGGCACGCAAGCGCCGCCUGGAGCGCUCGCCCGAGAGCAGCGAGCUGCUACGUCGGCGCCACGGAGCCUCGUUGGAGCGCAGUCCGGGCGGAAGCAGUCGGGACGGAGGGCGCCACAGCGACUUGGAGCGCCCUCCGCGCACAGACAGACCCUCGCCCGCCAGGGAGCGCCGUGGCAGCCUGGAGCGCGGCCCUUCGGAGAAUAGACUGCGGACCCUCAGCCCCACCGAGCCAGAGAGGGAGCGCAGGCGCAAGGCCGGCGACGCCUGCAAGAGCCCAGCCAAAAGGGAGGAGCGCGCCGAGCACCCGUCCUCCAGGUCCAGCCUGCAGUCGAAGCAGGGGGCUGGGGGGCAGAAGCUGAGCCAGGCUUGGCAGGGCGUGCUGCUGCUGAAGAACAGCAGCUUCCCCACCUUCAUGCACCUGCUGGAGGGGGACCUGGCUGUGGCCACAGGGCUCCUGGUGGAAGGCUCCAGGGGGGGCCCGGUGUCCCAGCUGAAGAUCACCCAGCGCCUGCGCCUGGAGCAGCCCAAGCUGGACGAGGUGUCCCGUCGCAUCAAGGCCGCCAGCCCAGGCGGCUACGCCGUACUCCUGGCCAUGCCAGGCAGCUCUGAGGAGGGGCCCCAGGAUGCCAGCAGCUCCACAGAGAGGCCUCUGAAGAACCUGGUCUCCUACCUGAAGCAGAAGCAGGCGGCCGGCGUCAUCAGCCUGCCCGUGGGCGGCAGCCGCGACAAGGACCACGCUGGAGUCCUUCACGCUUUCCCCCCCUGCGAGUUCUCCCAGCAGUUCUUGGAUGCCUCCUCUAAAGCCUUUGCCAAAACCGAGGAGGACUACCUGGUCAUGGUCAUAGUCCGAGGAGCAUCUUAGAAAAGAAAAUGUGCAACUUAUAAUGGCUUGUGAUGUAUCUGUAGCACUGUAUGAUAUGCACACGGUGUUAUGGCACUGGUUGUUGAGCCAGGGAGCAGAGCUGGGGAAGUAUUUCACCGUCUGUAUCAUCAUAAGGAAAACAUUUUGACAGAAUAUACUGAGAUAGUCAUUUAAUAAUACAUAUAAAUAUAUAAAAGCCUUAGGUAAUUUUUAUGUUCCCAGUAUUAAAAGUAGCCUGCUUUUUAUCCUGACUUUGAUAGUAGUACCUAAAGCAUUUGAAAUCUCCAAUAGCUACUUUUGAUUUAUAUGGGUAUGAUAUAGAUUCCCCCUCUGUGACAUUUAAAGGGGAACUGAAGUCAGUUGGAAGUGAACCGUUUUGAGUCAAUCAAAAAUACAUUGGUUAUAUUGCCUGUUUGAAAGAAAAAAAGUUUCAAAGUCAUUUUCUUUUUCAUAAUAAUAUUAUACAUGAACUACUGGCACAGUUUUCUGGACAAGUCAGUAGGGCAUUCAGUCUUGGUUUGGCACCAACAACAAGGUUCUGAGGGAGUCCACUUCUGGAAAUACUUAUGCAGACCUUUUAGAGAUGAUUUGGAAAUGAAUGUCCUAUCUCUUUAGCUCAUGACUGUUAAACACUUACAGAACUCAACUCUUUUCAUGAUCUAUGUAGGCUUAAACAUCAUUUAAAAGUCCUGUGCUAUAUACUACACAUUUGAUUUACUCAUGUUUUGUCUUACGUUUUUAUGAGAAUCCAGAAAAUACGAGUGAUUGGCACGUUUGAUCCUGUAAUCAUAUGUACAACUUGGUAACAUUGUGGUCUGCCUGUGAUAAUAUAACAAAAUAGGCAAAAAAACUUUUGACUUUCUGUGUAAGGGUCAGUGUUUUCUUCCAGACAUUUCAUUUCUUUGGAAACAUGUAGUAUCUAUUCAUCAGACAAUGAGCCAAACAUGGGUUUGUAGAUCAUCUCAAUGUGAUCAGUGAAUGGAUGAAUCCCUUUUGCCGUUCAUGGCUCGCUCUUAGUUCAGAGAGCAGUGUGUUCCUCAGAGAGCUAGGUGGAGCUGUGUCACACAGCUCUUAGGGUGGCUCAGUGAGGACAGAAGGAGAAGGUUAUACUGGGAUUAAAGAACGUGCUGUAGUCGGUACUGAACACUCAAGUGUUGGCUGCCUUUACAAAUCUUUUUUAAAGCAUUUUUUGUUCCUUUUUCAGUAAUUCAGUCAUUUUCAGUAACCCUAAAAUGGACGAAGACGAAUGUUUUGGUUAAAUGUCACAUACAAAUUUAAAGUUAACCAUAGUUAGCUGAAGUGUUUCAAUGGGUGUAAUAAUAAUGGUGUUGCAGUUUCAUCUCACAGCCAUUGCGUGUGAACAAGUCAGUGUCUACACACUUUACUAUUCAUUCUGUUGUUGGUGCCAUAGCUUUUUACUGGGUCUACUUCAAAAUUCGAAAUUAACAACUGCAUGCAUCUUAGACAAAUCUGUUGUGUAAAGUCCUUGCUCUUGUACAAGAUGACUGUAUGUAGCCAUGGACACGCCCAAGGAAGGCCGAAGGGGGUGAACCACCAGACCACCAGUGAACUCGACACAUGCUUAUUGGAUCCCAGGCACCCUGGAGCAGAGGUCUUUGGUGCACUGGCCCCAUGUCAGAAUAACUCUGCUCCUAAAUUGUGUUCAUGCUUUGUGAUGCCAGUUCCCAUGUUUAAAAUGGAAAUGUAGCUUUUGUGCUGUGUACACCUGAUUUCUGGAGAGAAAGAGAAAAAGGAAAACCAUCAUUGCACUUGCGCCUAAGAAGUAGCUGUCAGAACACGCAAGGUGCAGCUUUUGCACUUCCUAGCUUUUGUUUCGGUAUUAAUAAAUUUUCUCUAUCGUGGGAAAAAAAA